AUCAAAAUGGCUGACGAAGAAGCAGGACAUUCACGAAGUGACCAAACUAAGGAUAACAUCUUUGACAUUCUGCAAAAGCAGACUUCGUAUGCUACCCAUAAUAGAGACGAAAGUAUAAGUACAGUAGCUGAAUCGAUUGAAAUAUCAAAAACAGCUGCUGAAUUCAGGACGGAACGUCGUAACUUACCAGGUUUGCAGUUUCCGUUGCACUUACAGGACGCUAUGGAUAUGGAUAAGCCAGAAAUGUGUAUUGACGACGCGAUAAACAUUAGAAAUGAGAUGUCACCGCCUGAAGCCAAAAGACUGAGACUACAAGUGCCAUCCCCAACGAUUCACAAUGGAAAUAGUAGUGAUGCAUGUCCGAGUCCUGAAUCAAGUAAAAGACGACGGAUUCAUCAUGACUACAGGCGUCUUUCUAGCUCGGGUUAUGUUGACGACUACGAAAAAAGCAAGGACAGUAGAUUCGCCCUUUCAAAUGAUGGCGAUUCAUCGGCCUCGUCUACAAAACCAAGGAGUAACAGCUCUUCGCCAAGAGCAAAGUCACCUGUUCAAUUUUCGGGGGUGAAAACUUUAAACGACAAACCAGCUGACACUCAUAUCUCAAUAGAAAAGGACAGCAUUGAACAAAGUGUGGUGAACCAUGCUCAGUCUACAAACGAGGAAGACAGCAGGAGGGAUCUUACACCCAAGAUCUCAGCUUCAGUGUUGUCUGAGUCAUCUAGUGGUCAUUCUCACCACCACAGGCGUCAUCACCAUCACCACCACCAUCACCACAAGAACAGUGGAGAACACCGUCAGCAUGCAGCUACAGACCCCGUGGAAGGGCUAGUUGUGAAGAAUGUGGAGAGUGAUGCACAGCCUUCACCUCAUAAUGGUGACCCACCACGUGAAUUACUGGUCUUGUCGCCAACAAAGAUUGUGAUACGGGAUCCUAUCAAGUCUGCAUUUAGUAAAAAGAAAAUUGUCAGUCACUGUGGCAUUCAAGUAAAUCGGCGAAGAAGGACAGAAAAUAAAGGUGUACAAGUGUCAGGUCCUUCUCUCGGUUCUAUGCCUUCCUCACGUGUGAUUCCAGGGUCUGAUUCCUCAGAAAGCAAAGUCUUACUUCAACUUUCAUCUACCCCUCAAGAACAAAAGAUUGUUUCAUUAUCAUCCACUGCACAAUCAGAUCAAAAGAAACUCUUUAAGAUCAAAACUCUACCAGAUCAUUACAAGCAUUCUUCAAAUGGUGCUUCAUCAAGUUUGCAUAAGAGUUUCUCAAACAGAGCUACACAGACUUCAGGCAGCAUUACCAAAGACAGAUAUAGCUCUUCAGUUUCAUAUGCACCAGUUCAGGAAUCACAUGGCUCUAAGACUGUCACUAUCCAUAGACAUUUUAGCAGUGUACCCCUACCACCAUGUGUACGUCUGGCACACUCGCGGUAUCGCAAAUAUGUUUAUCUGGAGAAGUAUCCUAAUGGUGGAGCCCUUGUAGCACAUGCUUACCAUUAUGAACUGAUGAAUUUGACAAAAACUGAACGGGAAGAAUUUGCAGACCAGUUUCUUGAGUUAAUUUAUGGGGAAUCUCCAGUGGGUGUGUCGCACUGUGUCAUGGGCAUUGUUCAUGAUGCUGCAUGUGAUAUGCCAGAUUUUCUUGAUUACUUUGGUGAAAAGCAUGCAACAUUGACAGUGAAAGCAGGCACACUAGGCAAGUCUGAUAUUGAAACCACAACUAUGGAAGGUUACCGUGAGGCUGUUCACCGUACCUAUCAGAAUGGAACCUUUCGGUAUGGUCCAUUGUUCCAGAUAAGUUUGGUGGGAACUGUUCAUGAAGAGGUUGGUGAUUUUUUCCCAGAAUUCUUGGAUAUCCUGGAGUCUGAUCCUUUUCUUAAGGCAUCAAUGCCAUGGGGUUCAUUGUCUAUGCUUUCUAAGAUGGAAAGUCGGUGCGAAAGUAAUGAUGGUCCUAUAAUGUGGGCCAGACCUGGUGAGCAAAUGGUACCAACAGCAGAUAUGUCAAAGGGUUCUCCAUUAAAGAGGAAAAGAGGUGUUAAUGAGCUGCGCAACCUGCAGUACUUGCCUCGAGCCUCUGAGCCUCGAGAGGUCAUGGUCGAAGACAGAACUCGAUGUCAUGCAGACCAUGUGGGGCAGGGUUUUGACCGCCUAACCACUGCAGCUGUUGGUGUUCUUAAAGCUGUUCUUGGACCAGAUGAAGAGGAUGUGAAACGGAUUGUGAAAGACGUGAUCUGUUUUCACUCUGGAGAUUUCAGCACUUUAGUAGACAAACUUCAGCUAGAUUUGCAUGAACCCCCAGUGUCUCAGUGUGUGACAUGGGUGGAUGAUGCUAAACUGAAUCAGCUUCACAGAGAAGGUGUGCGUUAUGCACGAAUCCAGCUGCAUCAUGAUGACAUCUACUUUAUUCCUCGCAAUGUCAUUCACCAGUUCAAAACUGUGUCAGCUGUCACUAGCAUAGCCUGGCAUGUACGCCUUAAGAUCUAUUAUCAGGAUAGUAUUGAAGUUACUGGAGAUGUGCAGAAUUCCGAGGAAGACAAAAAAGAGACUUCAAGUUGCACAUCACCUAAAGAUAAAAGUGUCAGUAGUUCUCAGCAGUCACUUGUGCAUGGUGCACUUGUCAAGAUACAUAGCCAUAGUUCUCACAGCAAAGACAAACACCGUGGGAUGCUUCCCAAACUUACUUCAGGACACAGCUCUCACAAGAGCCCUGCUGAUCAGAGCAAGUCAGACAAAACAUCAAGUGGCUCACAUAAAUCCUCUUCAGGUCAGUCCAGCAAAGUGUCAACACAUAAAACAAGCAGCUCCAGCUCUGAGCAAGGCUUAUGUAGCAAGUCCAUAUCCAGCCAUUCAAACAAAUCCUCCAGUCACAGUGGUCACAGCAAACCUGCAUCAUAUCACCACACCUCUGACAAGUCAUCUCAUAGUCAUUUGAAGUCUAGCAAACAUCUUUUCAGUUCCAGCGAAAGUUCACACUCCAAAUCUGGUUCCAGUCAUACUUCAUCAAGCAAAACGUCUUCUAGUCACACUGGUUUCAGUAAAUCAUCCUCAGGUCACUCUUCACACAAGGGCUCCAGCAAUGACAGAUCAAUCAAGAGUACUUUGCAGUAUGAAUCUCAAAAAAGAACUCCAUCUAAAACAGAGCAUUCUGCAUCAUGUCAUAAAUUUUCUGCUGCAGUUCAUCAUGGUGGUGUCAUCUCCAGCAGGGUAAAAGAGCAGUUCUUGGAAGAUUCAAUACAUGAGUCUUUUGUUGAUCAGGAGUCACAGAAGAUGAUAACAACAGCACCAUUGCUCUUGACAGUGCAGCAUACUGCCACCAGUCCUACAAAUUGUGAUACCGCCUUGAUAGAGAUCCCACAAAAGAGAGAGACUCUAGAUAUGAACAGUGUAGGGCUUGGACGGUCUUGUGUUAUUGACAAGUCACACAAAGCUCAAGGUACAACCUCUAAGUCUUCAGACAACCCAAAUGUAGCAGGUGACUAUUACUUUGCAGAUAUAUCUUCUGGAGGUAAUAACCAGCCUUCACACAUUUGUAAAGAAGACACGUGUAAAAACAGUGAUAAGCUUCCAGACACAGGGAAUAAUAGUAGUUCAAAACAAGACAUAGACAAUGCAUGCAUCAAGGAAGUAGAGGACAUCAUCCAGUGUUCCUCAUGUUCCCCAGUCAUGGAUGCAGAGGACCAUAGAGCAGCUGAUGUGAUGUCCGAAUGCAAAAGAACAGCACAGCAAAGAAAUGAAGAGACGAUUUAUGUUAGUUUAAAUUCUGGUGAGGUGGAUCAGAUGGAAGUGUCUGAUAUCAGUGAUGACGAGCCAGAAGAUAAGACAAACAAGGCGUCUUUUAUGCCAGAUGCUUUAAUGCAUGAAAGGUCUGCAGACGUGUAGAGACUAGCUCUCUUUAAUAUUGAACUGUUUUUAAUUCUUUGUUUCUAUACAAUGUUUGCCUGAAAAAAAAAAAAAAGGCAGCCAAGAAAAUGCAGAUAAGCUGUAUCAACAAGUGGGUUAUUUUGUGUAACUAGCUGCUAGAGAUCUGUGUAUGGUGUUGCUGCCCUAUAAUUUAAAGGAGGCAAUAAAGCUCAGAUUACUAAAAGUUGGAUGUUCGGAGGAGCAGUUUACAUAUUGUCUCUGCAACUGAUUUAUCUUCAUGUUGUAAGUGGUUCUUGUCAGAAACAAGUUUGAGGUGGCUGGAGAAAUCCUAAUUUUGUCUAUAAAGAAAAUUUGAUUUUUCUGACAGAUUUGUCUGUCAGUUACUUGGCUAGAGAUAUUCAAUUUUUGUUGAGGGAAAAUAUUAUGGUGUUUGAAAGUGUAUAAUAUGUUAUUGGAAUAUGUUACAUGAUGUUUAAAAAGACAAGGAGUGCAUUACUUCAAUUUAAAUAAGUAAUUUUAACAGUUGUUUAUGUAAUUCCUCCCCCCAGUUUCUUGUCACUGAUGCUUCAGAAAUAUGACAUUGAUUCACAUUUAAGGUGUAACAUUGCCACAAAAAAUAGUUUGUUUCUUAACUAUAGUAUGCAGUCCACUGCUAAUUGCAUACAAAAAGGGGCCUAUAGCUUGUGAUGCUGGAUCUUUUGUCAUAUUGCAGGAGAAAAACUGAUUUUAAAUGGUUUCAGAUGUGCAGCUGAUCUCAGUGUGUGUGCUUUUAUGUGUCCUGGAGGAAAGAAGAAUUUCUUUUUUGGCUGAACAAAGUAAUGUCUGCAUAAUGUGAUCUUUAAAAUAAAGUAAUUUGAUUCUUGACAGAUUGAUUUUGGUAUAAAAUGUGUUAAACAGAUGUAAAGCAUCUUUUUGUUGCAAUAGAAAAUUGCAUCAACGACAUUUUAUGUUAGAAAAGUAUUUCUCAGUUGUCUGGACAGCAACGUAGCGUGCGAGAGAUGUGCAUCUCUGAUCCUGAAAGUAACCGUGUGUGCUAGAGAAUUGCAUCUCAGCUUUGGACAGCAACAAUGUUUUCUGAAGAACUGCAUCUCAGCUCACAACAGCGUUGUGUGCAGCAUGGCUUAAUUGAUUAAAAUAACUGAAAAUUACAUGCCUUUCUGAGAAACUACAUCAUUAUCUACAGACCAAAUAUAUAAAAACAUUGAGACAAAUCAUGCUAUGUAGAUGUGGCUUCACAAAAUGUGUUUGUAGAGCAAGCAGCUUGAUGCUUUGAAUUAGAGCUGCACAGCAUUGACAUGCUGCAGAUCCUGCUGGAGGUAUAUUCAAACUGGGAAAAUUGUCACUGUAUUUUCACAGCGGUGGUUUUUUUUUAUGGUUAACUGUUUUCACUGGUGCCAUGUUGUUUAUCAGUCCCCAAUUAACAAAAAUAACUCCUUAAAAAAUCCCAAAGUUGUAAUUAUUUAUUUUGCAUAAAGGUUGCCCCAGCUUUGUGCAGCUGUUCACCAAAUGUAAAACAUUUUGAAUGACAUACCAAUGUCAGAAGAAGAAAAAGAUGUGGCAGCUGACGCGUGAUAGCUUAUGUAUAUACAUAAAUGUUUCCUUUGUUAUAGUAUUCAGACAAGAAGUUAAAAGUGGUAUACAGAGAAAACAAACAGAUCUUAUCCUGUAGCUGAAUAGUGCUAAUCCAUACAGACUUGGAUUUUGCCACCUGUAGAAGCCACUCGGAUUACAUUCUGUCAUAGCAUACUUACUACCCCUUCAGGACUACCAUGUGAUUCUUUCAAGAUGAUGUGGCUUCGAUGCCAUGUGCACAGAUCUAUGCAUAUUAAUGCAAGUUGUGUGGGAAGCUUGUGUUUUACCCUUAUACUCAAUGACUUCUUUAUAGAUGGAGUUGGCUAGUUUUCUUAUGUAGAUGACUGUUUCCCUCCUUUAUCCCCCCCCCCCAAAAAACUUUUUUAACAUCUGUUAACUUGGAAUUUUUUCUGAGGUUUUCUUUUAUUUGAACUGUUGGUCUUGUUCUUUAACUUUUAUUGGUUGUCUUUAUCCUCUUUGUGUUCACUGAUCAAUGCUAGAUUUCCAGUAAAUUUCUUGCUUAAAUGACAGUAGCUAUAGAUUACAUCAAAAAAAAGAAAGCAGUAUCGUAUAUUUUAGGACAGUGGGUAUACCUUUGUAUUUUUACCAUUUAUAUUUCUUCCUUUAGUGUCAUUCACAUACUUUCAAUGUCUUUUCAUCCACUUGGUAAAUCACAUUUAUAUGAUCACUCAAUGACAUGAGUUGGUAACGUCAAAAGCAUUGCAUGACAACCUUUUUGGUUCUCACAUUGUAUUGGUGGAAAACUAGUUUUCUGUAGAUGAGCAAUUUAGCCAUACUGUUCUAUGCAGGAUACAGUGGAAAUGAUAAAGAUUAGGGUUUAGUUCAUUGAUAAUUUUGUUUUAGUUUUGUAACUGUUUGUUGAUUUGUUCUUACUCACGAUGCUUAUGUACAAAAGAUACCAGUCCUAAUUGUUCCUUGUAAAUAUACUAUAAAUAUGUAUGCUUCAGGAUUAAGCAGUGUAGUUUGGCAGGUUUAGAAACAACUUGUAAUUAUUUAUUUUGAUUCACACUGAUGAAAGUUUCCUUUUUUGGGUAAUUACUACACCUACUCUGUUUUCUGACACUUUAAAUCAUAUUGUUUUGACAGACCAUCUAGCAGCUGUUAUGAUCCAAGGGAUCUUAAUGUCAUUUGCCUAUUUUUUUAAUUUACAGAUUGCAUUUUAUGACAACGAUGGACUGAUAAUGUUAACCUAGUUGUGUUUGAAACUUGUCUGAAAUAGUCUUUAUAAUGUGGACAUUUUCAUGAAAAGGUUUUCAUACAUCAAGCAUAUCAAAUAUUCACUAAUGAAGUUGAGCAGGAUGGUGCAAAUCCUCUUAAAAACCAUAUGCUUUCACUGAAUUAUUUUUUAUCUCAGUUGGUCAAACAAUGAAGCAUUUUGUCAGAGCUGUUCUAGACAAGCUAUAAUACAUAGGUAGAACUUUCUUCGUUUCUGCUAUUUUCAGUUAAAUGCUACAGAAAUAAUAAAAAAAUUAUUAAAAUCAAAUUAGCCACUUACUGUGAAGAUUAUCAUCCAAAUAAAUAAUUUGACUAGUAGUUUAGGGUAUGCUUGAAAAAAGAAGGGUUGAAAUGUUCUGUGAUAGUAGGCACUGUAUUGGCAUUGUUACAGCUGGCUUUUUGUACACUUCUUUUUAGUUUCCUUGUUGAUUAGUGAAAAUUACUUGAAAGGACCCAAAGUUUGCAGCAUAGUGUUUAAGUAUAAAGAGUAAAAAGUGCAUGAUUUUUUUUUUAAACAACUAUUAUGCAACACAGAAAAAAGUAUCAUGGGCACUGUUAGCAUUUUAUUUCUGAUAUUUAAAACCCAGCUAAUAUUUGUGCUGAAACCAUGCUUUUCACUCAUUCAGUAAACCUUCCUUCACCCUCAAAACAGAAGAGAACAAUUUUUUUAUUAUAAUAACAACACAGAUGUAAAAUAUUUGAAUAAUGUUCUGGAGGGGGUAGGUAAAUGAACAAAUUUAGAGUAAAUUUACAACAACACAUGCUACAGCCAAUUAAUAAGAUAAGACUUUAUUUGUCCCAGAGGGCAAUUCUGGUAAUUCUGGCAAUAAUGUAAUUCACAAUAAACAUUUUUUCCAAAAAAUAGCUUAAUUUCAGGCUGGUAAAAGUAGUGUAUUUUUUGUUGCAAUCAUCACAGCUAAUUUACUGUGACUAGAAAUUCUUUGAACCCUACUUUCCAACCUUAAAUAAGAAAUCAUGUAGGCUGCUUAUAUAUUUGUAUUUGUUGUGUUUGUAUUUUUUCCCCUCUCUAUAUAUAUAUUCCUAAUCAGAAAGAUGACACCAUAAACCAUGGUCUGUUAAAGGUUUCAACACAGCUAAAUUAUUUUUUUAAAUUUUGACUGUAGGUUUUUUUUCUAAAAUUUAGGUUUGUUUUAGGUUUGAUACCAUAUUUAUGAAGACUACAUGUAAAUUGUCUGCCACUUGGAUACUGCUUUGCCUUGUAUGUGUUAAAAGACUAUUAUGCAUAUGGCUAUAUGAAUGAAUAUAUGAAUGGCUAUAUGCAAGAAAAUUGAAGGAGAGAGUACUUGUUUAUAGCUACAUGAACCUGGAAUUUCAUUUACAGAUUGUAUAUUUCUUCUUUUGUUCAUGAUAGACCUUAAAACCAAGAGUUAUCUUUUACUACCCCACUUUUUAUUUCUUUAUUUGCAUGUCGGAGCAAGAGUUGCUAAGUCAUGGCAGUUUUUUAAUGCAGGAUUUUUAUGGUCUUUUGGAUUCUUGGCUUGCCAGCUCAAAUGGAGACAGUCUUUUAAUAUAAUUUUAAUUAAAGUAAACAAAAUUAAACUCUGUUUUCCGAGAUAUAUCUGAAGGACAUAUGAUGAUUCAUUCUCAAAAAUGCAAAUUAUUUGGGACUGGUGGAGUUAUUUCCUAGAACAAUUGGGUUUUUUUACACUUGCACAUUUGUGUGUCUGCAUUUGUGCUCUUGGGCAUGUGGCUAGGUAGAUAAUGGGGUGCAUAUUCAGCAAACUAUCAUGUGUUUAAAGUUGUGUACUUAUGCAGAUAUUAGAUAAUUUUAUUAUCCAAUUUACAUCUACAAUUUAUUUAUAAUGUAUAGUAAAAAUUUAUUUUGCUAUCAGUUGUGUGACACUAAAAAGGAUACAAAUUUUCAUAUAGGCUGUGCCUCUGGGAAUAGAAAAACUAACUCUUGUUCUGCUUACAGAUUAGGUCCCUUUUUUGAAGCUUAUACAACUAGGGAAGCCUUGUGUGUUUAUUGAUAGAAACUAUGCCCCUAAGGUUGUGUGUCAUCUUGAAAAUAUCUUUGAGAAAAUUGAAAAGCUUUUAAGAUAUAUUGCCUAUAUUCACAGUUUUUUGUAGCUGGUAUCUAUAAUUUAGUGGGGACUACUUUUACCUAACAGUGACAGAUUUGGCACUGUAAACCGGUGUCCACAGUAGUAGACAAAAGCCCACUGCCCACUUUAACAGCUGCACCAUGUUACUUAGUAAUUACCCCAGGUGCAAUGUGCUGAGUUCUAGCCAUUUUAAGUUUGAUCUUUUCAUCUUGCGUAUUUAUCUGUAUAGUUUAUAAAAUCCAAUAAUGAAAGUAAUGCUUAUUUUAUUUUGGGCUUGGUCUUUUUGAUUACUUGUUCUUUUAUUUCACAUUUUGCAUAAGUUAUGCACAUUAGAAAAUUUUACUUGUUUUAUGCUGUGACUAAAUUUGCAUUAUAGGCAGCACCUCUCUGGGAUUCCUUUGUUCAUCUUUGAUUGCCCAUUUGUGUUUUUCUGGCAAUCUGACGGAAUAAGAAUUGCCAAUAACAUUAAUAGAAGUUUUGAAGUGUCAGAGCUGAUUCUUCUAAACAUUUAAACUAUUGUGUCAGAAGUAAAAUUAUAAAACUAUUCUGAAGUGUUUGCUUUUAUUCCUUACCAUUUCGGAUGGCCCUGCCAUGCAAGAUAUAAUACUUUUAAAUUGCAAGUAGUUUUGCAUUGUUCAAGCUGUUAACUUCAUAAACUAAUUAACAUGGUUCUAAAGUAUCUGAACCAUAAAAAAUUGUUUAGCACAGUUCUCAAGUGUCAGAAUGAUUUAUUUGGAUCCAGAGUUCUAUUUCCAUUAUUCUUUGUGUAUAAAAUUGAGAGUUUUUGCUCUUUGUAAUUUUUCUGAAGUAAAAUAAAAUCUUUAAGACAAAA